GUCAACCCAGCCCUCAUUGGCUGCACGUUUCCUUGGAGACUGACACCAGCUACUCAAACACAGGCCUCAGAACUAUGGGAAGAAUCUUUCUUUCUUCCCUCCCUGACCCUCCCCAGCCAUGAGGGAAGUGUCAUUCUCCCAGAACCAGGCCUGCUGGAAAGAGCACAUCCAAAAAGAGACUGCUGCCCGGGUUGCCUGGAAUAUCCACUAUGGCCACAAGUUCCUGAAGGAGGGGACCAGGGCCAAAAAACAGCCCAAGCAGGCCCCCUUCAGAUCAACCCCAGUAGCAGGCCAAGUGCCUGCCAGCAGCUCCCUUGUCAGCAAGGAGGUGAAGGUGGGACAUCCACAGGUCCAGGGUGUCCAGAACCAAUUGUCCAGUUUAGUGGGUGUCCAGGUCCCUCCACCCAGUAGUAUCAGAAUAAGGAAGGCCAGAGGAGCCACUCAGGGCCCAGCAGGCCACAGCAGACCAGAGAACUCAGUGAUGAGGCAGGCCCCCUCAAGCACCCUGAAGCUGCUCUUCAAAGGUGUCUCCCAGAGUGGCGAAGGCCGGGCCCGGUACCUCCAGGAGCGGUAUCGGCAGUUACCAGAGGAGAAGUUCCGGUACCCGAUCCUGUCAUCCUGGGAGUAUGGCUGGCAUGUGGGGGAUGCCAUGAAGAACUUUACGACAUCUCCGUAUGCCAAGACCCAGACCAUCGCAAAGACAUUUUACCUCAAAAGUAGCAUCUUCCAUUUACCACGGCGAACAGACCAGCUCAUGUGAAGUUGGCUGGGGAAGGGCCCUCAGCUGCUACUUUCCUUCCUCCUUGAUCUAUCUGGAUCCUCCAGGGGACAUGCUACCAGCCAACCCUGCCCUCCACUCUGCCUUUUGCUAAGCCCUACCUCCCUGGUUAUGUGUGGAUGGGCAUGAGUGUGCCUCUAAUGCAGAUGGACCUCUGGGAUGUACAGGUGACCCCUCCCUAACCCCACAGGUUCUUGUCUGUGCUUGCAGACCUUCACUCCUUGCAGACCUGCCCAUACCCUACCAUCAUCAAUAAGGCCUGGGCACUGGUGCUCAUUUCUUGGGGAAUCAACAGAGUCUCACUGUGCUCUAUCAGCACACCUGGGGGUGGGGGAGGGGCUCACCAAGUCCUUAAGGUGCUAAUGGGGAUGUGUGUGUGAAUAGCUCCAUGCUUUUUAUUUCUCUACAGUCCGUUGUAGGGAUCCAAAUCAGAGUUGCUUUAUCCCAGUGUAUCCCACAGUUUAGUGAAGAAAUAGUUUUCAUUUCUUCUUACUGUUUCUCUCACACCCAGGAGCCUGCAUUAGUCAGGUUGUUAUAGCCUCACUGCUGUAACAAAAAGCUCCUAAAUCCCAGUUGUUAAAACCAAUAAAGAUGUAUUUUUUUACACCAUAA